CAAUCAACUUGUGAAAACUCUAGUCUGGGCUGGCUCCGGCGCGUGGCCGAUGGCCCAAUUAAAAAAGUGAACGCGCCAAAAGGGGCGGUAACAGGGAGACCUAGGUUGUGGCGGUUCCUCGGUGAUUGCGCGCUUGGGGCUGAAACAAUUAAGGGCAUUCAGACGAUGCUAUGACGCGGCAUAGCAACAGUGUUGACAACGUGAGCGCACCCCAGCGAAGGGAGCCCUUCAGCCCUGGAGGCGGCGCGACGUGGAGGCAGGUCGCUGUUUGAGAGUUUUCCCUCGAAGCUCUUCAGCGAGUGGGGGAGGGGCGGCAGGCGAGCUGUAGUGCCCUUGUACGCUUGCGCUGGCCCCUUUACCGUCCUGGCCCGCACGCACGCGCAUGCCCACAGCGUACUGAGCCGCGGUGGCCGGUAACACUGCGCUUGCGCGUCGAAGAGCCCGCUAAGGAGCGGCGCUGGCGGACGUCGGGCGGGCGGCUUGUGACGUAGUGAGGAUAGCUUUAAAGUGCGGGCUGGGCCAGGUGUCGGAGGAGGGUCGGACCGGGAAUCAGGCCGAAUUUCCUUUAGCAGCCCUCCGCGGCAUGAGGCGCUGCUGGCGCCCCUGCUCCUCGAGACGUGGAGAAAGUAGAGGAGGAAGUCCUGCUGUCUCCACCGCUCCAUGACCCGUCACCCCUGAGGCCCGACCCUGCGCCUGGUCCUUCGCUUACCCGUACCAGGUCCCCUGGCUUCGGAUGGGGGUCCGGCUCUGAGGACCCCCUCCUCUCCGGGGGCCCUGGGGCAAGUCCCCCCGAAAGCCAUGUCCGGGCGCUCCGCCCGCCCUGGAGGACCCUAGAGUAGUCUCGCGGGGGCAUGGCGGCCGCCAGCGGCUAUACGGACCUGCGUGAGAAGCUGAAGUCCAUGACGUCCCGGGACAACUAUAAGGCAGGUAACCGGGAGGCCGCGGCUGCGGCAGCCGCUGCUGUGGCCGCCGCGGCCGCCGCCGCCGCAGCCGCCGAACCUUACCCGGUGUCCGGGACCAAGCGCAAGUAUCAGGAGGACUCGGACCCGGAGCGCAGCGAUUACGAGGAGCAGCAGCUGCAAAAAGAGGAGGAGGCUCGCAAGGUGAAGAGCGGCAUCCGCCAGAUACGCCUCUUCAGCCAGGACGAGUGCGCCAAGAUCGAGGCCCGCAUUGACGAGGUGGUGUCCCGCGCUGAGAAGGGCCUGUACAAUGAGCAUACAGUGGACCGGGCCCCGCUGCGCAACAAGUACUUCUUCGGUGAGGGCUACACGUAUGGCGCCCAGCUGCAGAAGCGCGGGCCUGGCCAGGAGCGCCUGUACCCUCCGGGAGACGUGGACGAGAUCCCUGAGUGGGUGCACCAGUUGGUGAUCCAGAAGCUAGUGGAACACCGCGUCAUUCCCGAAGGCUUCGUCAAUAGCGCCGUCAUCAACGACUACCAGCCAGGAGGCUGCAUCGUGUCUCACGUGGACCCCAUCCACAUAUUUGAGCGCCCCAUCGUGUCUGUGUCUUUCUUUAGCGAUUCUGCGCUGUGCUUCGGCUGCAAAUUCCAGUUCAAGCCUAUCCGUGUGUCAGAACCUGUGCUUUCCCUGCCUGUGCGCAGAGGGAGCGUGACUGUGCUCAGUGGAUAUGCUGCUGAUGAAAUCACUCACUGCAUACGGCCUCAGGACAUCAAAGAGCGCAGAGCAGUCAUCAUCCUCAGGAAGACAAGACUAGAUGCACCCCGGUUGGAAACAAAGUCUCUGAGCAGCUCCAUUUUGCCACCCAGCUAUGCUUCAGAUCGCCUGUCAGGAAACAACAGGGACCCUGCUCUGAAACCUAAGCGGUCCCACCGCAAGGCAGAUCCUGAUGCUGCCCACAGGCCCCGGAUCCUGGAGAUGGAUAAAGAGGAGAACCGGCGUUCAGUGCUGCUGCCCACCCACCGGCGGAGGGGUAGCUUUAGCUCUGAGAACUACUGGCGCAAGUCCUAUGAGUCUACGGAGGACUGCUCGGAGGCAGCAGGCAGCCCUGCCCGAAAGGUGAAGAUGCGAAGGCACUGAGGCCUACUUACCACCCUCCUGGGAACUCUGGCUUCUCCUCACAUAGCUGCCCCUCCUUUUGUUUUGUUUUGUUUGUUUUUUGUUUUUGUUUUUGAUCAUAUAAUUUUUCCCUGUUUCAUUGCCCAUCAAGGCUGAAGAACAGAAUUGACCUGAGUUCUCACGUUCUUGGAUUUCUUCCUGGAAAGGCUGUUGCUGUUUGUUGGGGGCAGAGGCUUAUAGCCAAUCAAGGUGUGGGGGCCAGCCAUCUUCAAGUGGAGCUGGGUUUAUUUAAGAGCAACAAAAUGUUUUGGUUAAGAAAUUUGCAGUUUUGCUUUAAACAUAAAUCUUUGCAGUGUUCUAAACAAAAUUCAGUUUCCUUCCUGCCCCUUUUCCUCCACUGAUACCUGCCCUUGGUUAAGAUCUCCUGGAACCAGGCCUGCUCUGCAUGGGGCAGCUUCCCCACCUCUCACCUAUUCUCCAUCCUCUGGAAGCUCAUGCAGAUAAUCUUUUCUUCUUCCUGUAGCAGAACUAUCUGGGUUGCUGGGUGGUGGAGGGUUUAAACAGUCCCAGCCCCUGCUACCCCAAAGCUAGUGCUGAGCCCUCUGGGGCUAUUCUUGGGUUACCAAGGGGCUAGCAUGGUGGUCCUGACUUCUCUUGCCAAGAGUACCUCUUUGCUGGGUUGCUCCUUUCAGGCACAUUUGUGGGAUUGUAUGGAAGUUAGACUUGCCAUGUUGGGUCAUUUUAGUUGUUUCUAGCUAGAGGGACUGAUGUCCUUCCAAGUCUGGCAUUUGGGGUGUGGGAAAUCAUUGUGGUGUAUGGUAGGGUUUUUAUUUUCUUUCAAAGUUAUUUUUUCCUUUGGUCUCUUGGCUUUCUUUCCUUUUCCCUCCAUUGAUCAGCUUGGACCUCUCCUUAUGUCACCCUUCUAAGAAGGUGUCACUGCCUCUGUUUGCCUGCAGCAUGCAUCCAAGGUCAGAGCUCAGGCCUGCAGACUAGGUUGGUGCCUUUUCUGCCUCAGGGGCAUGGGAGAUCAGGAAGGGGGUCCUAAAAAAUAACAAAGAAAAAAAAAGAUUAAGUCUUGGCAGUUACUCAGAUCCUAGAAGACUGCAAGGUCAUGCUGAUCUAGAUUCAUUAGGAAUGUCAUCUUGCCAGUCUGGCCAGGACUGGAGCCUGUCAAAACCAGGCUCUCAUGGCAGGCAACCAGGCUACCACCAGUCUAGAGGGCUUUGCAUUGAGUCCCCAGCCUGAGACCUCAAAGGCUGCAGGAAUCUGGGGCAGCCACCAUCAAGAAGCUCUUCUCUGGGGCCAGAACUCCUUUGCCAGUGUGAAUUCCUCAAUUUGGGACUGCAUAACUAAAGCAGUUGCAGUUUUAUUUUUUUUACAGCUUUUUUCCCAAAAAAUGAUUUGUAGUUGUGUGUGCAGCACUUUGCCCUGAUAUGUGUGCUCUACAAUAAAAACCAAAUCUAAUAUA